AUGGCGAUGAUCCCGAGCGCCCGGCUGGAUGUGGUGGAGUCCGCCAUGUUUGACGGGACCGACGCCGUCCGCGAGGUCACCGCGGCGGGGCUCCACCGCUUCGCGCACUUCGCCGAAUGCCGCCGGGCGCUGGUGAUGGCCGCCGUCUUCGCCGAGGACCCGGCCGCCAACGUCGCGCGGCACAGCGCCGCGAUCGUCGAGGACCCCCGCUAUCUAUGGGGCUUGGCGGCCUCGGAUUGGGCGGAUUUGCGGUAUUUUCUCGCCACCUAUGGGCAGGAGUGGGCGAACGCGGCGCGGGUCGUGCUCACGAUGCGGCGGCUCUUUCUCGAGGCGACCGAGGAACAGCAGGGGGAGUGGAUCGAGGAUGUCAUCCGCGUCGGCGGCCUCGCCAGCGUCGUAGCGAUGCAGCUCCUGUCCUCGACCUAUCAGGGGGAGGUCGCCGCGAAGGUGAUGGAUUAUUUAUGCGGCCUGAUCGAACACGUCGGGACGAGCGAGUGGCUCAUGAAGGCGGUAGUCAAGGCGGGGCGUGUGGUGCUGAAGGAUAUGGGUCUCGCCACGUUAAAACGCAUCGCGCCGGUCUUUCAGACGCGGCUGGCCAAACCACCCAAGGACGCCACCCCUUCCCACAAGGAGCAGUACCUGGCGACGUCGACGAUCUGGCUGACCAUCAUCAGCUGCCAGCUCCAGGAGGUCGGCCUCCUGGAGUCGAUUAUCGAGCAGCAAAGCCGCGUGUUGAAUAACUCCAACUCGAUGAUGGUGCAUCGCUGCGUCUGUGAGUGCAUGAUUGAGAUCACCAAAAAUGGAAUCGUGCAGGACUCCGUCAAGGUUGACGAGUUUGUUGAGAAGUGCCUCAAACAAACGAUUCAUUCGGGCUCCUACAUUAAAAAGAAGGCGCACGCGUGGGGCCUGGUGGGGAUCCUCCAUGGGCUUGGCUUGGUGUCGCUGCGUCGCUACCACAUUAUUGACCUCAUCCAGACCGCGUUGCGUGAGAAGCAGACCGAGAAAUCCGGGGCGAUGGUGCUGCUGGAGGUGCUCUGUGAGGUGAUGGGCCCAAUUUUCGAGCCCUACUCCCUCGCGCUUUCCGAGGGGUUCUUGAAUUGCGUGGCGGAUCCCGAUCCCAAGAUUUCGGAGUGCGCCGACGACGCGGCUCGGGUCUUCAUGAGCAACCUCUCCGUCAUCGGUCUCCGGCAGCUCAUUCCGAAGUUGGUCGAAGGCCUUUCCUCGAAGUUGGCCAAGCAGCGUGUGGCGCCGCUUAAUUUUAUCGGCUACGUUGCCUUUUGCUCGCCAAAGCAGCUGGCGGCGGCGCUGCCGGAGGUGAUGAAGCCCGUCUUGGCGUGUCUUUUUGACGUGAACAGCCUCGUCUCGACGGCGGCCUACAACGCGCUGCGCCGGGUCGCCGGGGUCGUGUCGAACCCCGAGAUUCAGGAGCACGUGGAGCUGAUCCUCCGCGCGAUGCGGUCGCCCAGCACCGACACCGAAAGCGCCCUGGACGCGCUGCUUUACACGCGCUUUGUCAACGCGGUGGACCCCGCCUCGCUGGCGCUGAUUAUCUUCGUCUUGUAUCGUGGGCUGGGCGCCCAAAUGCCGCACACCAGGCCGAAGGCCGCGCAGAUCGUCGCGUCGAUGGUGAUCCUCGUGAACGACCCCAAGACGCUGCGGCCCUACUCCGAUACUUUGGUCCACCUCCUCGAAGAGGCCGCGAUGGACCCGAAGGCCGAGGCGCGGACGACGAGCGCCAAGGCGAUUGGCGCCCUCGCGGCGGCCGUCGGGGGCUCCGUCGUGGACGAGGUGAUGAAUUGGUGCUUCGCGACGAUGCAGAAGAUUCACUCCAGCGCGAUCGAGAAGGCCGGGGCGGCGCAGACCUUCGUGGAGCUCGUCGACGCCUGCGGGGACGCCCUGCUGGAGUCCUGCUUCGCCACGAUUGAGGCCGGCAUGACGGAUGACAAGCCGCCGGUGCGGGAAGGGUUUUUGUAUAUCAUGAUCUACGCCCCCUCGACCUUGAGCAGCGAAACCUUCCAAACUUUGCUGCCCCUGGCGUUUCCGUGGGUUCUGGAGGGGUUAUCGCACUUUUCGGACAAGGUGCGCGACGUGGCGUUGGUGGCCGGGGACAGCAUCAUCUCCCUCUACGGUACGCGAAAUCUCAGCCUAGUUCUGGAGCCCCUCCUUCGCGGCAUCAGCAGUGAGGUGACGACGCUCCGCCAGAGCUCGCUCCUGUUGGCCUCGAAGCUUUUACUGCAUUUGGUCGCGCACAUCAAGAAAAAGAUGCGCAUCCAAGCCGUCCUGGAUCAGGCUACGACCGACCUGAGUCGUGAGCAGCUGAUGCAGACCGCCCAGCUGACUUCGGACGAAAUGCCGCCAUCCGGCCCCCCCGCGGACUCCGCCGGGGGGGAAACCGGCGCCGGCGCGGAAGCGAACUCGUCCGUUCUUACGGUUGAGGCCGCCCGCGAUGUGGAGAAGCGCGGGGUCUAUAUUCUGGGCUCUCUCGAGGGAAUGUUGGGGGCGGAUUCUUUUGUGCGGUUGCUUUCGGCGAUCUACUGCGGGCGCCACGAGCACAACGUCAAUGUGCGCAAUGACACCAACAUGGCUUGGCAGGCCUGCGUCGCCAGCAUUCGGGCCGCCGUCAACAAGAUUUUUGACGGUUUAAUCCUCCUGUUGGUGCACCUGGGCUCAUCCACUAACCCGGACUGCGAAGAAGUAUGCGCCAAGACAAUCGAGUUCAGCAGCCGGAUUCACGAAACGAUUGACAAAUUUGUGGUCUCGUUCUGCGAUACCUACAAGAAGGGCUCACACCGGGCGAAGCUGGGAUCGCUUAACGGCUUGGCGACGAUCGUCCAGUUUGCGGAUUCGAAGCGGCUCAUGGGAUUAGGCGGGCAAAUCAUCGGUUGUGUUCUUCCAGGGAUGCAAGACGCGGAUGAGGCUGUGCAGGAGGCGGCGCGCAGGGUAUUUGCCCGCGUGACGAAGAUCGUGGGGCCACGACUAAUCGAGAACGCGGUGGAGGCCCAACUCAGCUCAAGCGUUCGCGGCGUCGUGGAGGUGGUGAAGGUGAAGCCCAAAAUCGCCCUCGCCCUUGUCUUUAAAUAUUUAAAUGCCCAAGAGCAAUACACGGAGACGAACCUGGAGCUAAUUCAGGCCAUCAUCGAAGUUGAGGAGGCUAAUGAGGAGAUUCGAAGGUACUACGACGACAUCAGCCGCCUGCUGCUGGAAUUUCUGGUGCAGGGUUAUCGCGCCGCCAAAGAUGUGAUGAUUCUGUUUAUUGAGAUUCUACCGCGCGAGUUUGAAGGGUUGCCUAUUGAUUACAUCCAAAAGGCGCUACGAGUUCCGCAGCGCCGCCAUGCGGCACUGCUCGCGGCGGAAGCCUUCGGCCUCGGGACCAAUAUCGACAACAUCGAUGGAAUUUCCGCGGUCCUGCUUGCCGUGCUUAAUGCCUGCGGGGAUGACGAGGACGUGAUUCGCCUCGAUGCCGUGCGCAUGCUGCCGAGGAUCAUCGCCUCCCUGGAAAAGCGCAUCAUUAACGAACUCAGCGAGGUGGAGCAGCAGGACGUGACGACGAGCAAGCGGGCCUCGGGGCGUUAUUUGCUUAAUUAUCUCGAGAUAUUCCACACCACCCUCGCAACCAUCGCCCGGGCGUCCAUGACGGACACGCAUCGUGAGUUUCCCCCGCUGGGCGAGGGCGAUCCCCGGCUUUUCGAUGCCCUGAUGUCCUUCUACAAUCGCGGCCUUGACUAUGGGACGCCGCAGCAGAAAGUGGAGGCGGUUGAGGGGAUUCAGGACUUGCUGGCCUUCGCCCCCCGCGCCAUCAGCGCGGCGGCGGCCAACACCGUCUCCGGACGCUGCUCAAAGGUGCUUUUCACCCGCAAUGAAGGCGCGGUGGUGCUGGGGCUGGUGCAGCUCUGCCUGCAGCUCAUGAAUUACCCCGCCAGCGGGAAGGAGAAGCUCGUGGAAGGGACGAUGGCGCUCGCGAUGUUUAACGCGGCUCUGUGCGACUCCGGCGAGGCGCGAACCACCACGUUGUACGUCGUGAUUGAACUGCUACGCCGCUCGGAGAAGUACGCGGACCUCAUCCUCGGGACGGUGGUGACGAAAAAGUCGUCGGUGGACACCCCGCUCCUGCGCACGGUGAUGUGCCGCUUUAUCUCCACGGUGAUUCGCUACGCCAACUUCACAAAGUCCUUUCCGCACAUCGCCAAGCUCAUGGAUGUCGUUCGCCCGCUAUGGAGCCAGGCCGAAACGCCCGCCUUAGCGGCAGCCACGGGGGUCGCGGUCGGGGCGCUUUGCAAGUCCGCCACCAUCUCAGACGACGACCUUGGCGAUAUUAAGGAAAUUACGCUCGAGACGACCUCCGCCAAGGGGGUUCAGGCGCUGGCGGGCUUCGCGCUGGUGUACUCGCUCAUCACCUGCGCUCCAGAUCGCACCGACCAGUCCUUUCUCGAUGUCGCCGCGGAGCAUCUUUCCACAGCGGCCGGAGGCGUAGGAUCGGGAAACAAACUCAUGACGCUGUGGGUUCUGCGUGCGGCCGGGGCUAUCGCCACCACCGGCUCCGUCGCGGAGGAGAUCUUCCGAGUGGAGGCCUACAUCCCUUUUAUUAAAAGAGUCUCCCAAAACGACGAGACCAUGAUGAGUACGGCGCAGUAUUUUUAUGACUCGGUGGUUGCGGUUUAUCCGGCCAAGGCGGGGUUAUUCGCCGGGAUGUUUCACGAACCGAGCCGGCAGUGGAAUCGGGUUGGUCAAUUCGAUGCCGAUCUAGACGAUGAGCUGGAGGCGAACAGCGUUUACUAG